AUGCCGAAAGACAGUGUGAUCGACAAGCCAGCAUUGAAGUCGCUACAAAAGCUCGAGGAGGAGAAGCUGGAUAAUAUAGCCGAUCUUGCUGCGAAAGGAAAGGAUAAAGAAGCUGCACAUUUGCUGGUGGAAAUGAAAAAGGAAAGAAAAGAGCAAGAAAUUCUGCUGAAGAAGCAAGAAGAGAUUGUUCAAGAGUUGCAGAAGCAUGUUGAAGAGAAGGUAAAAGCGAAAGAGUCCGGAGAGAAGGUCGAGGAGAAAGUGAUGCCCGAAGCCAAGCGCGAUGUCGAAAAGUCGAAGGAAUCCCUUAAGAUGGUCGAAAAGGCGGAGAACAAGCCAGAAGUUGUCAAUGCCGAGAGAAACGCCACUCAAAAAUUCCCAGCAACUGUGCAAGAGAAGGAGCUGAGCACGAAGUCGAUUGAUAGCCCAGCAAACGUGAAUCGCGCUCGCGAUGUUCAAAAUAGAAGCAGGAAAGCAAGUAUAGAACAUCGUGAAGCAUAG